AUGGACCUAACAGAGUCGGACUUGCCGGCCCUGGUUGGGGAUGGCUCCUUCGGGGCAAAACGCCCAGCCUCCAAGGAGCCAAGCCCUAGCCCUGAUGCCAAAAAGCCUCACCCGGACGUGCAGAUGCAUCCUGAGUCCCAGACUGUCCCUUAUCAAGAUAAGCCUGCAGUUGUCGAAGAGCGAAAUGGCGACAUCGAGAUCCGAGUGGUCCACAAUGAUCGCUCACCUGAAAGUACAGUCACCCUCACCGGAAUUAAAUGUCUAUUUCAAUCGCAACUGCCACAGAUGCCCAAGAAAUACAUCACUCGUUUGGUUUUCGAUUCCAACCAUCUAUCUAUGGCUAUCGUCAAAAUGCCUCUGGAGGUGGUUGGUGGAAUAACGUAUCGAGAAUUCCGAGACCGCAAGCUUGCCGAGAUUGUCUUUUGUGCCAUUUCACCCGAUCACCAGGUCAAGGGAUACGGAUCACAUCUCAUGAAUCACUUUAAGGAUUAUCUGAAAGCAUCAUCUCCAAUCAUGCAUAUGCUCACUUACGCCGACAACUAUGCAGUCGGAUACUUUCAAAAGCAAGGCUUUACCAAACAAAUCACGCUGGACGAGAAAAUAUGGAAAGGGAUCAUCAAGGACUACGAAGGAGGAAAACUCAUGCAAUGCACCAUGAUACCCCGCAUACGGUAUCUGGAGGCAGCUCGUAUGCUCCACAAGCAGAAAGAAAGCGUCAAGGCCAAAAUCCGCACCUUCAACCAAAACCAUGUCAUCCAUCAACCCCCGGAGCAAUGGGCUACCAAAGUCACCCCGAUUGACCCACUCUCGAUCCCUGCAAUUCGCACCAGUGGAUGGUCCCCGGAGAUGGAUGAGUUCUUGCGAGCUACGCAUCGCCAAUCUCCUGCCCAGAAACUCCGCAAUGAGCUUCGAAGCUUUUUGAACCAAAUCCAGAAUCACAAGCACGCAUGGCCUUUCCUCAAGCCCGUCAACAAGGAGGAGGUGACUGAUUAUUACGAUGUCAUCAAGAAUCCAAUUGAUUUGGGUACAAUGGAAGAGAUCCUCGAGACUGACGUUGAUCAUUAUGCUACUCCCCAAGACAUGGUGAAUGAUCUCAAGUUGAUGUUCAACAACUGUCGGUUUUAUAAUGAUCCAACAUCGCCGUACUACAAGUGCGCGGAUGCGGUGGAAAAGUACAUGUGGAAACUGGUCAACGAAGUUCCGGAGUGGCAUAAAUUGGUCUUACAGGAUCAAACCUAA